AAGAAAGAAAAAAGAAAGUGAGAGAUAGAGGGAGAGAGAGGGAGUGACUGAUGAAAAUGAGAGAAGGAGGGGUGUGUGGGUAGGAUGACACGUGAGCAGGAGACUCCUCAGUGCCUUAGCUGUGCUAGCUGAUUAGCGUGUGGCCCUAAUGCUAAUUAUUCCCCCCCCCCCCCCCCCCUCCUUCCACAGAGUGACCUACUCAGCCUGGAGAAAUCCCUCUUCUAAUCCCUCUUCACCCUGCCCACACACACACACACACACACACACACACCCUCCCCAUCUUUGCCCUCACCCCGCCCAUGUCAGAGGGACGCUGAAACAGGGCGGACACUACAAAUGAGCGUUGAUGGAAUAAGAAAAGAAAAACAAAAUCAAACAAAUCCAACUAUCCUGCAGUUUCAUGAUUUGCUUUGGUGACGGUCGGAGGUCAUUUUCCUGGGAUUUCCACGGACCCACAAUCCUUUGUGUUUUGCUGGGGAGCGGCGGCGCUGAUUCCUCCUCCCAUGAGUGCGGAUGUGUCUCCUCCGCAUCCUCCUCGGGUGACACUGCGCUGUGAGGCUCGGCCCGGCCUGGAGGUCUGAACCAUGCGUCCGCUGACCUCUCCCCACCUCCUCCUCUUCCUCGCCGUUCUCCUCUUCCUCCUGGGUCCCUGCCUCUGCUCUCCCUUCUGUCCGUCCCAGUGCACCUGUGUGUUCCACGGACGCAGCGACGGCACGGGCUUCAGGUCGGUGCUCUGCAACGAUCCGGACAUGGCAGACAUCCCCGUGAACGUUCCCUUGGAUACGGCAAAGCUGCGCGUGGAGAAGACAGCGGUGCGUCGCAUCCCGGGCGAGGCUUUCUACUACCUGUCGGAGCUGCGCUACCUGUGGGUCACCUACAACUCCAUCACCUCAGUGGACACCACCAGCUUCUACAACCUGAAGGUGCUGCACGAGCUGCGGCUGGACGGUAACCUCAUCUCGUCCUUCCCCUGGGUGUCGCUGCGCGAGAUGCCCAGUCUGCGCACGCUUGACCUCCACAACAACCGUCUGACCAGCGUGCCCACUGAAGCCAUCCCCUACCUGGUCAACAUCACCUACCUGGACAUCUCCAGCAACAAGCUUGCCACGCUGCCCUCUGACCUGCUCGACCUCUGGCCGCCCUUCUCGGGGGUGGCUCCCAGCAUCAACGACACCAAGGUGGUUCUGGGUCUCCAAGACAACCCCUGGUACUGUGACUGCAAGAUCUCCAAAGCCAUUGAGCUCUCCAAGAUGGCCGAGACACCCAUUAUUCUGAUGGAUGCCUUCCUGUCGUGCAGCGGGCCCGAGAACCUGGCGGGAGUUCUGUUCCAGCGGGCCGAAUUGGACCAGUGUGUGAAGCCGUCGGUGCAGACCUCGGCCACAAAGAUCACGUCUCAGCUAGGAAGCAAUGUGCUGAUGCGCUGUGAUGCCACUGGAUACCCCACCCCCAACCUCAUCUGGACCAGAGCGGACGGAACGGCCUUCGACCACACAGUUGUUCAGGAGUCGCCUGGAGAGGGUGUCCGCUGGUCCAUCAUCAGCCUGAAUGGGAUCCUGUUCAAAGACGCGGGAGACUACCGCUGCAGGGCCAAGAACGUGGCCGGGAACGCAGAGGCCUACCUCGCCCUCUCGUUGACCGGGGAAGGCGCCUCCACCACUCUCGCUCCACAGAUCACCCCCAAAAGUUCCGAAGGGACAACAACCCCAGUCACGGGGGUCGCACCCCUCACCUCACCCCUCACCUCACCCACCACGUCAGGAGCUCCCAUUCCAACCACCACCACCACCACUACCACCACCACCACUACGGCUACCACGACCCCUCUAACCACUAAAAAGGGUCUGGGCCCUGGUGGGGUCCAGAGGUCCCCCCCUGCGGCUAAGACUCAGCAGGGGAAGGGAGGGAAGGGGGCCACCGCAGAGGACAAAAACCGGAUGAAGUCCAUGGGCACCAAGCCUGGUGUGACGGACAUCCAGGUGGUGGAGGAGACAGUCGACAGUGCAGUGGUGGUGUGGACGGUGGAAGGGAUGCCGGGCGACGCUCCGAUCUCCAUCCUCUGCACGCCCGUUGGGGAGGAGGGCGACGAGACGCGGAUCAGAACACUGGCCGGGCGAGGCAAGGAGCUCAUCGAGAACCUCCUGCCCAGUCAGGACUACAAGGUGUGUCUGGCCACCAAGGCCACGGCGCCGGGCAAGGAGCAGUGUGUGGAGUUCUCCACGCUGGGCGACGGCGACGGCGAGAGCCAGCUGCUGGUGAUCGCCAGCGCUAUCGCCUGCGUGCUAGCCGUGCCGCUCAUCCUGCUGCUCAUCUAUAAGAUCCUUAUGCUCUACUGCCGAGGGUCCAGCGGAGAAGGGGGCGGAGGGGACAGCCAGGAGGACCUCUUCAAGGAGUCUUACGUCAAGUUUGAGACGCUCAACAUGAAGCAGAGGACCUUGAACGGCCACGCGCCCCACGUGCCGUCGCAAGACCUUUGGUCUCGGCGGCCCACCGAUUCGGAGCGAAUGCUGCUGUGCUCGCGCUCCAGCAUCGACUCGCAGAUGACCUACAAGAGUGACUGCUCACGCUCGGAGUACCUCUGCUAGCAAGGAUUCAUGGUGGAGGCGUGGUUGGGGGUGUGGGUGGAGGUGUGCAGCUCACGUCACAGGCACACAGUGAUGGGCGUUCCCAGGAGGGUUUCGUUCCCAUCAGCCUCUAAGACAGGCAGAUUGACUGGCUGAUUCUGGACGGUUCCUACACUGACCAGCAGCCGCUGUUUAGGCCAGGUUCUGGUUCUCAGAGUCCAUGGGUUAGUUCCAGUGAAACCCAGUGUUCUUGGAAUUAACAUCCGCAGUUGGAACCAUGGCUGUGCUCCCCUCAGGUUCUCUGGAAUAAAGAGAUUCAACUGGAAACCCUGUGGAACAGGGUUCUUCCCUUAUCUUCACAAAGGAUCUCUUUAAGGUUCUAUUGAGAACACUCUUUUGGCUGCCAGCGUACACACAAAGGACCUGUUUACUCCUGAGGUUUUCAGUAGAACCCAUAGAUAAAGGAGGUCACUGGAAGCCAAAACACACAAUGACAAGUACAACCUUUACUAUGUUCCUCCUCUGGAACAAGUCAGGUAACCCCUUUAAUAUGUUUCGCCAUUGGAACAAGCCAGGUAACCCUUUUUCUAGGAUUCUAUGAGCUGACUCCGUAGUUUUCCACAGAAUCCUAUGAGGUCAGUGUAACUCGGCAACACUAUCUCACAGAGCCUUAAUUCAAAUCACUGUGCAAGCAACAGAAAUGACAGAAAUGAUAGUAACCUAAAAAAGAAUAUUCAAGAGAUUUCUCCUUCUAUUUCUCUCUCUCUCUCUUCCUUUCAUUUUCUUUUUACAUCCGUCGGCUGCCUAUUGGCUUGCAUCCCAGCAAAACAGUACAUUGGAAUGGCCAGCCCUUGUUCUUGGUUCUGAAGGAACUCAGGUGAAAAAUCCCCACCUAGGGUUAGAUCCCUGAUUAGCUUGUGUGUGCUGACAAUGGGCAGGUUAUCACCGGGGUGAUUACCGAUGUCUGAUGGUACUGCAUAGACUUUUACCAAAAGAAAGAUGGUAGAUGUAGCAAGACAUGUCUGACGAAAUGGUUGCCUUAUUUCGUAUGUAUUCCUUUUUUAUGUGUUUUAAACAAAUGUGGCGUUAAAGAAGUGUUCAACAUCCUACCAGCUGUCUUUAUUCAGUACUUGUAUUUGUUCAAUUCUGUAAGACCCUUUUUUAAGAAAACAUUUUGUAAACAGUCCAUAUGAUAGACAAAUAGUUGUUUUCAUAUGCGUCAUGAUAAAUACAAUUUCUUACUAUUCAAUAAAUGAUUGAAUAAUUCACUGUGUAUAUUUUGAUUGAUUGUGUGGCAACAUCGAGGAUUUCUAGGCAAUGACAUUAUUAUUACCAAUUCAAGAAAUAAAGAAUUAAAACAAUCCUGCAAAUGGA